CCAACCCGGAAAUGUUGUCUCAUUGCAUCAGACGGCUGGAGUGCUCAUGCGGUGACGUCUCCUUCUUUCUUUCAAAGAGAUGGCCUCUCUGUACGUAUCCCCUCACCCUGACGACUUCAGAAGCCUUCUCGCUCUCCUCGCUGCCGAGCUGUCCCCGUCCUCCCGUGUCAAGACCAUCACAGAGGAUCCCCCCGCCUGCCUCAAUGCCCGCUCCAGACCCACUCUCGUGCUGGGCCCUGGUGAAGGUGACACAGUGCUGAGUGGAGCCAAUGCGGUGUCCUGGUACCUGGCUCAUCAGGGUAAGAAGGCUGGCGUUGGUGCCAAGCAGCAGAGUCAGGUUUGGCAGUGGCUCAGCUUCGCAGACAACGAGCUCAUCCCGGUGUCAUGCGCAGUCGUCUUCCCGCUCAUGGGGGUGAUUGCGAUGGAUAAGAAGCACCAGCAGAGUUCCCAUGCAGAGUUGUUGCGAGUUUUAAAAGUUCUUGACAAGAUGCUGGAACCAAGAACAUACCUUGUAGGGGAGAGCAUCACCCUCGCAGAUAUGGCUGUGUCUGCAGCUCUUCUUCUCCCCUUCAAAUAUGUGUUGGAGCCAGCAGACAGGAAGGUCUUAACCAACGUUACCAGAUGGUUCACAACCUGCAUCAACCAGCGACACUUCCUGAAGGUGCUGGGCGAGGUCACGCUGUGUGAGAAGAUGGUGCCAGUGACAACCAGGACAAACGCUGAUUACGAAGCAAGUCCUCCAGCUGCUGCUACUGUUGGCCCGGCGGGAGAUGCGCCUAAUGGCCCGCCAAAGACAGAAGCCCAGUUGAAGAAGGAGGCAAAGAAGAGAGAAAAGUUGGAGAAGUUUCAACAGAAGAAGGAAAUUGAGGCCAAGAAGAAGACUCAGCCAGCCACAGAGAAAAAGGCCAAACCUGAGAAGAAGGAGUUGGGCAUUAUCACAUACAACAUUCCUACUCCCAUUGGGGAGAAAAAAGAUGUCAUCAGUGCGCUGCCUGACUCGUACAGUCCGCAGUAUGUGGAGGCUGCCUGGUAUCCGUGGUGGGAGAAGCAGGGAUUUUUCAAGCCUGAAUAUGGGAGGAAAAGCAUUAGUGAACCAAACCCCAACGGCAUAUUCAUGAUGUGUAUCCCCCCACCCAAUGUGACCGGUUCACUUCACUUGGGUCACGCGCUCACCAACGCCAUCCAGGAUUCUCUGACCAGAUGGCACAGAAUGCGAGGCGAGACCACAUUGUGGAACCCAGGCUGCGAUCACGCCGGCAUUGCCACCCAGGUGGUGGUGGAAAAGAAGCUGAUGAGGGAUAGGGGCAUGAGCCGCCACGACCUUGGCAGGGAGAAUUUCAUCCAGGAAGUGUGGAAAUGGAAGAACGAAAAGGGAGACCGAAUCUACCACCAGUUGAAGAAGCUCGGCUCUUCUCUGGACUGGGACCGAGCCUGCUUCACAAUGGACCCUAAACUUUCCUAUGCUGUGCAAGAAGCUUUUAUCCGCAUGCACGAUGAGGGAGUGAUCUACAGGAGCAACAGGCUGGUCAACUGGUCCUGCUCGCUCAACUCUGCCAUCUCUGAUAUCGAGGUGGACAAGAAAGAGCUGACAGGUAGAACAUUGUUGCCUGUGCCUGGCUACAAAGACAAAGUGGAGUUUGGAGUGCUGGUUUCCUUUGUCUACAAAGUGGACGGUUCAGACGAGGAGGUGAUCGUGGCGACCACUCGUAUUGAGACCAUGCUCGGGGAUACAGCUGUGGCCGUUCAUCCACAAGACUCCAGAUACCAGCAUCUAAAGGGGAAAAUGGUGGCGCAUCCCUUCUGUGACCGCAAGAUGCCUAUUGUUUUUGAUGACUUUGUGGACAUGAACUUUGGAACAGGUGCUGUCAAAAUCACCCCGGCUCACGACCACAACGACUACGAGGUUGGAGUGAGACACAAGCUGCCCUUUAUCAACAUUUUGGAUGAGAGCGGCUCGCUCAUUAACGUGCCUCCUCCCUUUUUGGGUAUGAAACGUUUUGAGGCAAGGAAGGCCGUCCUCGAGGCACUCAAGGAGAGGGGACAGUUCAAGGAGGUCAAAGACAACCCCAUGGUGGUUCCAGUCUGCAGUCGUUCCAAGGACAUAGUUGAGCCCCUGCUCAAGCCGCAGUGGUACGUUAGCUGCGCAGACAUGGGCAAGCAGGCCGCGGACGCUGUUAGAGAAGGACGCCUCAAAAUCAUCCCUGACCACCACCUCAAGACCUGGUUCAACUGGAUGGACAAUAUAAGGGACUGGUGCAUCUCCCGGCAACUGUGGUGGGGUCACCGCAUCCCGGCCUACUUCAUCACCAUCAAUGAUCCCUCCGUGAAACCAGGAUUGGAUGUGGAUGGCCAUUACUGGGUCAGCGGGAAAUCAGAGGAGAUUGCCAGAGAGAAGGCAGCAAAACGCUUCAAUGUGACUCCUGACAAAGUCAAUCUCAGACAAGAUGAGGACGUUCUGGACACCUGGUUCUCAUCUGGCAUUUUCCCCUUCUCCAUCUUCGGGUGGCCUAAUGAGACCCAGGACCUGAGCGUGUUCUACCCCGGCACUUUGCUGGAGACGGGUCACGACAUCCUGUUUUUCUGGGUGGCUCGUAUGGUGAUGAUGGGCCUCAAGCUGACCGGCAAGCUGCCAUUUAAAGAGGUUUAUCUGCACGCCGUGGUGAGGGACGCCCACGGAAGGAAGAUGAGCAAAUCACUGGGCAACGUCAUCGACCCUCUUGAUGUCAUUACUGGAAUAUCCCUGGAGGGGCUGCAUGCACAGCUGACGACUAGCAACUUGGACCCGUUGGAGGCGGAGCGAGCGAAGCAGGGCCAGAAGUCGGACUAUCCGAACGGCAUACCAGAAUGUGGCACAGAUGCCCUACGAUUUGCUCUAUGCGCCUACACCAGCCAAGGCAGGGACAUCAAUCUGGACGUUAAUCGCAUUUUGGGCUACCGGCACUUCUGCAACAAGCUGUGGAAUGCCGUCAAGUUUUCCAUGAAGACACUGGGGGACAACUUUGUUCCGUCAGAGAAAGCCCAGCUGUGUGGAGAGGAGAGCGUCACCGACAGAUGGAUUUUGUCACGUCUGAGCGCGGCCGUGGCGCUCUGUGACGCCAGCUUCAAGGCCUACGACUUCCCCGCCAUCACCACGGCCAUCUACAACUUCUGGCUGUACGAGCUGUGUGACGUCUACCUGGAGAGCGUGAAGCCCGUGUUCAGCAGAGACCACGCCAGCGCUCAGAAAGAAGCUGAGGUGUGCAGACAAACUCUUUACUCCUGCUUGGACGUGGGCCUGCGCCUCCUCGCCCCCGUCAUGCCCUUCCUCACCGAGGAGCUCUACCAGCGGUUACCACGGCGACGGCCCCAGCACGACGCCCCCAGCAUCGGCGUGACGUCCUACCCCAGCACACGGGAGUUCUGCUGGAACAGCGAUGAGGUGGACAGAAACAUGGACUUUGUCAUGAGCGUGGUCAAAACCAUUCGCUCUCUCAGGGCCGACUACAACCUGACCAAGACACGAGCAGACUGUUACCUCCAGUGCGGGGAUUCUUCUACAGUGUCGCUGGUCCACAACUACAACCUUCAGAUCCAGACACUGUCUUACUCUCAGGCCGUCAUCCCUCUGACCGCCGAGCAGUCGGUACCAGGAGGCUGCGCUGUGGCCAUCGCCUCCGACAGGUGCACCGUCAACCUCAUGCUCAAGGGUCUGAUUGACGUGGAGAAGGAGGUGACCAAGCUGAUGAGCAAGCAGGGCGAGCUGGAGAAGCAGAUGGAGAAGCUGCAGGAGAAGAUGGCAAAGAACGACUACAAGGAGAAGGUGCCGGUGAAAGUACAAGAGCAGGAUGCUGACAAGCUGCAACAAAGUCACACUGAGCUGGAGAAAGUGAAAGAAGCCAUGGACAACUUCAAGAAGAUGCUCUAAACACUUCAAUCAUGUUUGAAAUAUUUUAUUUGCCCAAUAAAUCCAUCAUGGUGUCAAACUAA